GUACCAUACCCACAUCAACCUUAUCACCGUUGUUUUGCAUGCUGUACCUCUUUACAAUCUCCCAUGUAUUGAAUAAAAUAAUCAUUUAGUUCCAUACUCCUAAGAACUUAGGAGUAAUAUUAUUUGUACAACAAAAGUUAAUAACUUUAUUUAGAAUACUAAUUUCCUUCCUAAUAUUUAUAUGAAGUACCAACUAAGUUUUCUGCUAAAGACAAACACAAAUAGCAUUUCUGGCUCCAAAGAUCAGACAGUGAAGAUUGGAGUAUCAUAGAGCACAAAUUCAGCUCAAAAAGUAAAUUUUGCAAGCUGUUAACUUUUUCAAGUUCUGAAUUGUAAUAUACUCAAAAGGGUCAUAAAAAUUUCAAUGGCUUAUGGUGAUAGAAACAGAGGAUCCUCUGUUUUUGAUGGGUUCACUCUGAGUCCCCUGCCAUAUCCUGUUCUGAUGAUCCUAGCACUGAUCCUAAUCUUCCUUGGAGUUUCAUGGUACUUUUCAUAUGAAGAAGUAGUUGAAAGUGCUCAAGUGCAAUUGGGGUGGUUACUAUUUGCCACUCCAGUUGUGCUUAUACUCAUAGUUCGUUGGUUGUCAUCAAUGGAAAACACUGAGUGGUUCUCCGGUUGGGACAGACGCCGGAGAACCACCCAGGGAUCCUCGGAGGGGAGCUCGCCAUGGGGUGUGGCUGCCUUGAUUGUUGUGUUGCUUAUAUUGAUGCAAUAUCAAUCCAUCUUUCGUGAUAACUGGUUUGUUUGAUUUUAAGUCCAAACCACUUAAAGACAAUUCAAGGGGAAUCAAGCAUACAUAUAUUACUUGAACCAACUAUCUUGGUUGGUUGGUUAGUUUGAUUUGGAACUCCUACUUUAGAUGCUUGUUAUUUUAGGAGAUUGUAUAUUGUUUUGUUAUAUGAAUAGUGUAGAAGGUGCUUUUGUAUGUAUAUUCUUCACUAGUUCAGUCUGAAGUUAUUGGAAAUUAUUAUGAAGAACACUGAGUGAUUGGUGAUAAAGAAAAUUAGAGUUUUCAAUUCCCAAAAUAUUCAUAUUGUUUGUCCUUCCUAACAUAGUAACAUGGGUUUACUUCUUUUAAGUUGAAAAAACUUUAAAGUGAUAAAAGGAUGCAAUAAAAUAAUCUGAGAUCAUAGAGUGAGACUUACUUCAGUCAUUCUAUGAAUUUGCAAAACUUCUCACUUGAACUUAUUGAUCCAACAAGAUUACAGGAACAAAAAGCAAGAACAAAGCAUUGACUUGUUAGGUAGUUAAACCUCCCUUCAUACAAACAAUGUUCUUUUACAUGGAGUUCAUUUUCCAACCUUCCACAAGUUCAUGGAAUAAAUUAACUCAGUAGCAUAUAUGAAAACUGCAUGUAAACAAGAGAAAAUUCCCAACAAAAGUUGAAUCCAAAGCUAGAAUUCUAGUUUGUGUAGUAUAGUAACAUAAGAAUUUUCUGGGGUCAAGAGUGAGUGGUUCAAACUUCAAACCAUUUACGAUAAUAAAUCAACAAAAGCAACAUCAUGUGCAAAAUGGCUGCAUUCAAAGGAGACAUUGCAGCUUGUUAUUCUACUGGUUGAAAAUGAAAUCCCUGAAAUGGGAAAGCCAUAACAAGCUAAUGACAAUGCCAAGUAGCAUGAGCAAAUGGAGAGUUGGAGAAAAAGAAACAGUGCCU